AUGGCGUCGCUGCCAGAGUUCACCAAAGCAGAGCUUUAUGAAAAGCCCUUCCCCUGGACGAUCAUCGGCGGUCAGGUCUAUGCGAUCGGCUCCUUUCUUCACUCCCAUCCGGGUGGUCUUCUCAUUCGCCGGGCCAUCGGCGAGGAGGCCACUGAGCUUUUUCUCUCCCACCAUUCGCCCUUCAGCGUGGCGGGGCAGACCUUGGAAGGCUUUAAGAUUGGCACCUUGGCAAAGCACCAGGUGACCAGCGUGCAAGAGGUGCACGGCCGCUCUUGUUCGCUGGAAAUUAUUGCGCGACAAAUUUCGCAGAAUCUGAAGGUGGGCUUUUAA